ACAGUGAACUGGCUCAUCCACCAUCGCCUUCAGCACGAUUGCUAACACACUGUACGAUCAAAACGGACUGUCGCAUUGUUAAUUGACAAAUCCCCUUUCCUACGUAACCGUGGGCUCUUUCUAGUAGCCGAAAGCAGUUCUUAUUCCCCUCUCAGGAGCCGCCGGAUUGUGUCAUAUAAACUCUCUAGUACUUUUCCCUUUGGAAGUCAAGCUGACGUGGAACCUGCUUCCAUAAACCUAUUCUCUCCAACUUGGUCACCAUGGCAACUGAGGAGAAGAAACCAGAUACAGAGGCUCCUAAAACACAACCGGCAUCCGCUGCCUCUGCCAGCCAGAGUAAGUCAGCACCCGCAAAGCCAAACUACACUUUGAAAUUCACAUUGGCUGGCCAUACAAAAGCAGUCUCUUCAGUCAAGUUCAGUCCAAGUGGGGAGUGGCUUGCCAGCUCAUCUGCUGAUAAACUGAUCAAAAUCUGGGGAGCAUAUGAUGGGAAGUUUGAGAAGACGAUAUCUGGACACAAACUCGGCAUUUCGGAUGUGGCCUGGUCCUCGGACUCUAACCUCCUAGUCUCAGCUUCUGAUGACAAGACACUAAAGAUCUGGGAUGUGAGCUCUGGCAAAUGUUUGAAAACGUUGAAGGGCCACAGCAACUAUGUCUUUUGCUGCAACUUCAACCCUCAGUCCAACCUAAUCGUUUCUGGAUCUUUUGACGAGAGCGUGAGAAUUUGGGAUGUUAAAACGGGGAAGUGCCUGAAGACCCUGCCGGCUCACUCUGACCCUGUCUCUGCAGUUCAUUUCAAUAGAGAUGGCUCAUUGAUUGUGUCCAGCAGUUAUGAUGGACUUUGUCGUAUCUGGGACACAGCAUCAGGCCAGUGCCUUAAAACACUCAUCGAUGAUGACAACCCACCUGUGUCCUUUGUGAAGUUCUCUCCCAAUGGCAAAUACAUUUUGGCUGCCACACUGGAUAACACUUUGAAACUUUGGGACUACAGCAAAGGAAAGUGCUUGAAAACAUACACUGGUCAUAAAAACGAGAAAUACUGCAUAUUUGCAAAUUUCUCUGUCACUGGUGGAAAGUGGAUUGUCUCUGGCUCAGAGGACAACAUGGUCUAUAUCUGGAACCUUCAGACCAAGGAGAUCGUACAGAAACUACAGGGGCAUACAGAUGUGGUGAUCUCGACCGCCUGCCACCCCACAGAAAACAUCAUCGCAUCAGCAGCACUAGAAAAUGACAAAACGAUCAAACUUUGGAAGAGUGACUGCUAAGCCUCAAGCUUAUUUUACUUUAUUAUAAUUUGUAUUUUAUUUUGUACUGUUUUUUU